CACCACCACCACCACCACCACCAUCUCUAAGCUCUCUCUCUCUCUCUCUCUCUCUCUGACAUGGGUUUGUCUUCCCUCUUCUUCAUCGUCCUCGCCAUACUCCCACUCUCUUCUUCUUCUUCUUCUUCUCCUUCCUCGGACCACAAGACCUUCAUUGUCCAAGUCCAGCAGGACGCCAAGCCUUCCAUCUUCCCCACCCACGCCCACUGGUACGACUCCACUCUCUCCUCCCUCUCUUCUUCUGGCUCUCCCUCACCCGGCCCGACCCGGAUCAUCCACACUUACUCCACUGUCUUCCAUGGCUUCUCCGCCAAGCUCUCCCCUUCCGAGGCCCUGAGGAUCCAGUCCCUCCCCCACGUGCUCGCCCUCAUCCCCGAGCAGGUCCGCCAGCUGCACACCACGCGCUCCCCCCAGUUCCUCGGCCUCAAGACCGGCGACAGCGCCGGCCUCCUCAAGGAGUCCGACUUCGGGUCGGAUCUCGUCAUCGGGGUCAUCGACACCGGCAUCUGGCCCGAGCGGCAGAGCUUCAACGACCGCGACCUCGGCCCCGUCCCCUCCAAGUGGAAGGGCCAGUGCGUCGCAGGUAAGGCCUUCCCUUCCACUUCCUGUAAUCGGAAACUGAUAGGGGCCAGGUUCUUCAGCAAUGGGUAUGAGGCCACCAAUGGGAAGAUGAACGAGACGACGCAGUUCCGCUCGCCUCGGGAUUCCGACGGCCACGGCACCCACACUGCGUCGAUCGCCGCGGGCCGCUACGUGUUCCCCGCCUCGACGCUGGGGUACGCGCGGGGCGUGGCAGCUGGCAUGGCACCCAAGGCCCGCCUCGCCGCCUACAAGGUGUGCUGGGACUCUGGCUGCUACGACUCCGACAUACUGGCGGCCUUCGACGCUGCUGUGGCCGACCGGGUCGAUGUCAUUUCCCUCAGCGUUGGCGGUGUGGUGGUGCCGUAUUAUCUGGAUGCCAUCGCGAUCGGCGCCUUCGGGGCAGAAGACGCAGGGGUCUUCGUGUCAGCCUCCGCAGGGAACGGCGGUCCUGGGGGGCUCACGGUCACGAAUGUCGCGCCGUGGGUGACCACUGUAGGCGCCGGCACCAUAGAUAGGGGUUUCCCUGCGGAUGUGAAAUUGGGCAAUGGGAAGAUGAUUCCGGGUGUGAGUGUCUACAGCGGCCCGGGAUUGACGCCAGGUCGGAUGUAUCCAUUGAUUUAUGCCGGGACUGAGGGCGGAGAUGGGUACUCCUCAUCUCUGUGCAUGGAGGGGUCCUUGGAUCCGAGUCUUGUGAAGGGCAAGAUUGUUUUGUGCGAUAGGGGGAUCAAUUCGAGGGCUGCCAAAGGUGAGGUAGUAAAGAAAGCAGGCGGGGUCGGAAUGAUCUUGGCGAACGGGGUUUUCGACGGCGAAGGAUUGGUGGCCGAUUGCCACAUCCUGCCCGCGACAGCAGUUGGUGCAUUGGGUGGCGACGAGAUCAGGAAGUACAUCGAGGUUGCGUCCAAGUCGAAGUCGCCACCCACAGCCACGGUGAUCUUCAAGGGGACUCGGCUGGGAGUCCGGCCUGCUCCUGUCGUGGCUUCUUUCUCUGCUCGGGGUCCCAAUCCGGAGUCCCCCGAGAUCUUGAAGCCCGACGUGAUCGCUCCUGGAUUGAACAUACUCGCCGCUUGGCCCGAUAACGUAGGGCCUUCUGGCGUCGCCUCGGAUAAGCGCAAGACGGAAUUUAACAUACUGUCGGGUACCUCAAUGGCUUGCCCUCAUGUUUCGGGCCUAGCCGCGUUGUUGAAGGCUGCUCACCCCGAAUGGAGUCCCGCAGCAAUAAGAUCUGCGCUGAUGACGACUGCUUACACCGUGGACAAUCGGGGAGAGACGAUGCUGGACGAGUCUUCGGGGAACACUUCAACGGUCAUGGACUACGGGGCCGGUCACGUCCAUCCCCAGAAGGCCAUGGACCCCGGGUUGAUAUACGACCUCACCCCGUACGACUACGUAGACUUUCUAUGCAACUCGAACUACACGGUCAACAACAUCCAAGUCGUCACUAGGAAGAAAGCCGAUUGCAGCCGAGCCAAAAAGGCUGGCCACUCUGGGAACUUGAACUACCCGUCCUUGUCGGUGGCGUUCCAGCAGUACGGGAAGCCUAAAAUGUCGACCCACUUCAUCCGCACGGUCACCAACGUCGGGGACCCUGAGUCGGUAUACCGGGUGAGCGUGAGGCCCCCCCGCGGAGUUUCGGUCACGGUGCGGCCGGAGAAGCUGGCGUUCCGGAGGAUCGGUCAGAAGCUGAACUUCCUGGUGAGGGUCGAAGUGAGGGCGGUGAAGCUCUCGCCUGGAGGGUCCAGCAUGAGGAGCGGCUCGGUGGUAUGGUCGGAUGGGAAGCACACGGUCACAAGUCCGUUGGUUGUGACAUUGCAGCAAUCUCUGUAGUUGCGUUUUGAAGUUGUAGGUUGUUUGUCUCUCCUGUAAUUUUCCCAUUUUGCUAUGGCAUUAAUACUCUCUUCUCUUUCCUUAAAUCUCUAUGAAAUGUAUAAUGAGCAACGUCGGGGUUGAGCUUUCUGGCUUAGAAAGCAGGCGGGAGUGGGUGGUGGUGUAUCUUUGUCGUAAGAUCAAGAAUCAAGAAUCAAGAAUGUUUGCAGAA